UCCUCUUUCGGCCCCAUGGAGUCCUCACCCAUCCCCCAGUCAUCAGGGAAUUCUUCUAUUUUGGGGAGGGUCCCUCAAACCCCAGGUCCCUCUACUGCCAGCGGGGUCCCAGAGGUGGGGCUGCGGGACAUAGCUUCAGAAUCUGUAGCCCUCUUCUUCAUGCUUCUGCUGGACUUAACUGCUGUGGCUGGCAAUGCUGCUGUGAUGGCCGUAAUUGCCAAGACACCUGCCCUCCGGAAAUUUGUCUUCGUCUUCCACCUCUGCCUGGUAGAUCUGUUGGCUGCUCUGACCCUCAUGCCCCUGGCCAUGCUCUCCAGCUCUGCCCUCUUUGACCACGCCCUCUUUGGGGAGGUGGCCUGCCGCCUCUACUUGUUCCUGAGUGUAUGCUUUGUCAGCCUGGCCAUUCUCUCUGUGUCGGCCAUCAAUGUAGAGCGCUACUAUUAUGUGGUGCACCCCAUGCGCUACGAGGUGCGCAUGACGCUGGGGCUGGUGGCCUCUGUGUUGGUGGGUGUGUGGGUAAAGGCCCUGGCCAUGGCUUCUGUGCCAGUGUUGGGAAGGGUCUCCUGGGAGGGAGGAGCUCCCAGUGUCCCCCCAGGCUGUUCACUCCAAUGGAGCCACAGUGCCUACUGCCAGCUUUUUGUGGUGGUCUUUGCUGUCCUUUACUUCUUGUUGCCCUUGCUCCUCAUCCUUGUGGUCUACUGCAGUAUGUUCCGAGUGGCUCGUGUGGCCGCGAUGCAACAUGGGCCGCUGCCCACGUGGAUGGAGACACCCCGACAACGCUCGGAGUCUCUCAGUAGCCGCUCUACCAUGGUCACCAGCUCUGGAGCCCCCCAGACCACCCCACACCGGACGUUUGGGGGAGGGAAGGCAGCGGUGGUUCUCCUGGCUGUGGGAGGACAGUUUCUGCUUUGUUGGUUGCCCUACUUCUCUUUCCAUCUCUACGUUGCUCUGAGCCCUCAGCCCAUCUCGACUGGACAGGUGGAGAGUGUAGUAACUUGGAUUGGCUACUUUUGCUUCACUUCCAACCCUUUCUUCUAUGGAUGUCUCAACAGGCAGAUUAGGGGAGAGCUUAGUAAGCAGUUUGUCUGUUUCUUCAAGCCAGCUCCAGAGGAGGAGCUGAGGCUACCAAGCCGGGAGGGCUCCAUUGAGGAGAACUUCCUACAGUUCCUCCAAGGGACUGGCUGUCCAGCAGAGAACUGGGUUUCCCGACCCCUACCUAGUCCCAAGCAGGAACCUCCUGCUGUAGACUUUCGGAUCCCAGGACAAAUAGCUGAAGAGACCUCUGAGUUCCUGGAGCAGCAACUCACCAGUGACAUCAUUAUGUCGGACAGCUUCCUCCGUCCCGACCCCUCACCUCGACUGGAGUCAUGA